AUGUUGCUGAUCCGGGCGCACCUCGCCAGCGUCGGCCUGCCCAUUCUCGGGGACGACGUGUACGGGCAGCCUGAGCUCUACACCUUCUGCCCACGGCUCUUUCUCCACUGCCGGCGCUUGGAACUCCUUGCCUUGAAUGGGCAGGAGCUGAGCUUGGAAGCCCCGUUGCCAGCAGACCUGCAUGAUGUCCUCGACAGCUUGGUUUUCCCCGGUCGGCGAGGGCUUCCGUGCACGCUGUCGGCAGUGGCAGUCUCAGAGGCAAAGACCAUCGCGGCGUGGUUCCCUUCGCUCAUCAAUUGUGCCACGGUUGACUGGUAUGAUCCAUGGCCUGAGGACGCAUUGAUUUCCGUCGCAGAGAGGUAUUACGUUCAGGCCCCCAAAGAGCUCGAGCUCGAUGCCAGCAUCGCCGCACUGUCGAAGAUAUCUUGUGUCAUCCAUGCCUCGGCCUCGGAGGCAGCAGACAAGUUCUUUGAUGAGCUCCGCCGGAAGACGUACAUGACGCCAACUUCAUAUCUGGAGCUCAUCAAGUUGUUCACAGACUUGCUUGGGAUGAAGAAAGGUGAGCUGGACACAAAGCUGAACCGCUAUCGAGUGGGUGCUCAGCGUCUGAAGGAGACCGAAUCUGUUGUGGACAAGCUGAAGGUGGACCUCACAAAGAUGCAGCCUGUCAUUGAGCAAGGCAAGAAGGACACCGAGAAGCUCAUCGUGCAGGUGGACAAAGAAGAGGCAGUUGCCAAGGAAGCACAGGCAGCAUGUGAAGUCGACGAAAAGGAAGCCGGAGAGGCUGCAGCCACAGCAAACGCGAUCAAGACGGAGUGCCAGAGGGAGCUGGACGAGGCCCUUCCUGAGUACUAUGAUGCCAUCAAAGCCUUGGAUUCCUUGGACAAGAAGGACAUUCAGGAGGUGAAGUCGUUUGCCAAACCUCCGGCCUUGGUCGAGGUGGUCCUCAGCGCAGUCUGCCUGCUUAUGAACAAGAAGGAGACUUGGGAUGAGGCAGAGGGGCCUCCAUCCUCCCUCUAG